AUGGGCGUGUCUUGUGUCUGCAGGAAAUGGGAGGGGGCAGUCCGCCCCAGAAGAACUGGAAAGGAAUCGCCAUUGCGCUGUUGGUCAUUCUCAUCGUCUGCUCCCUCAUUACGUUGUCGGUCAUCUUACUAACUCCAGAUGAAGUCACCAAUUCGGCGGACACGAUGGUGACGUUGGACGAUCUCUUCAGUAAGGAGUUUUCGGUUCACGAUCCCGAAGCGCGAUGGAUUAACGAACAUGAAGUCGUCUACAAGACUCGGGACGGUUACGUCUUCAAACUAAACGUAGAAAGCAGUGAGAUGUCCACACUUCUGGAGAACUCCACCUUUGUCACAUUCAAAGCGUCUCACCAUUCCGUGUCCCCCGACCUGAGAUACGUCCUGCUGGCCUACGAUGUCAAACAGAUAUUCCACUUUUCAUUCACAGCCUCCUAUGUCAUCUACAACAUCCACACCAGGGAAGUUUGGGAGUUGAACCCCCCGGAGGUGGAGGAUUCGGUGUUGCAGUACGCAGCGUGGGGCGUCCAGGGGCAGCAGCUGAUCUACAUCUUUGAGAAUAACAUUUACUAUCAGCCGGAUGUGAAGAGCAGUUCUCUGAGGCUGACGUCUUCGGGGAAGGAGGGGAUUAUCUAUAACGGCCUCUCUGAUUGGUUGUAUGAAGAGGAAUUGCUGAAGACCCACGUCGCCCAUUGGUGGUCUCCGGAUGGCGAGCGAUUGGCGUUCCUGACGAUCAAUGACAGUCUGGUGCCCAAUAUGAUCAUCCCUCAGUACACCGGCAGCCUCUACCCCCCCGCAAAACAGUUCCCGUACCCCAAGGCCGGACAAACAAACCCCACGGUGAAGUUAUUUGUGGCCAAUCUGUACGGACCGACCCACACGCUGGAGCUGAUGCCACCGGAGAGCCUCCGAUCCAGAGAUUAUUACAUCACCAUGGUGAAGUGGAUCAGCAACACGAGGACCGUCGUCCGCUGGCUCAACCGACUCCAGAACAUCUCCAUCCUGACCGUGUGCGAGACCACCACCGGAGCGUGCAGCAAGAAAUAUGAAGUGAUGUCGGAGGUCUGGCUGUCCAAACAGAACGAGGAGCCAAUCUUCUCCAAGGACGGAACAAAAUUCUUCAUGACGGUUCCGGUGAAACAAGGAGGCCGAGGAGAAUUCCACCACAUCGCCAUGUUCACCGUCCAGGCAAGGACAGAUCUGGUGAGCAUCCGUCAUCUGACGUCGGGGAGUUGGGAGGUGAUCCGGAUCUUGGCGUAUGACGAGCCGUCUCAGAAGCUAUACUUCCUCAGUACGGAGGACUCGCCCCGCGGUCGCCAGCUGUACAGCGUCUCCAUAUUCGGAUUGCUGAACCGUCAGUGUCUGUCCUGUGGAUUGGUCCGCGAUCAAUGCUCCUUCUUCAACGCAAAGUUCAGCCCCUUAAAUCAUCACUUCCUACUGCACUGCAAAGGUCCCGGAGUCCCGAUGUUCACCGUCCACAGCACCAUCAACCCCUCAGAUUUUUUCACGAUGGAGAACAAUUCGGUUUUGCAGGACGCCGUCUCCCAGAAGCAGAUCUUCCGCAGUGAGAUAAAGACGAUUGAUAUUGAAGAUUACGAACUUCCUCUCCGGCUUUCCUUUCCUCGGGACUUCAAUGAGCAGAACAGAUAUCCCCUCCUCCUCAUCGUGGACGAGUCUCCGGGGAGUCAGCUGGUUACAGACAAGUUCCACGUGGAUUGGGAUUCGGUGCUGAUAAACUCGGAUAAUGUGAUUGUGGGGCGCUUCGAUGGGCGAGGGAGCGGAUUCCAGGGGCUGAAGAUCCUGCAGGAGGUGCACCGUGGACUUGGAUCGGUGGAAGUGAAGGACCACAUAGCUGCUGUAGAGUCGGUGCUGCGGGAGCCGUACAUUGACCCCAACAGACUCAGCAUAUUCGGGAAGGGCUAUGGAGGGUACAUAGCGUCUAUGAUCCUAAAGGCCAACGAACGUCUCUUCAAAUGUGGAGCUCUGAUGGCCCCGAUCACUGACAUGAGGUUAUAUGCGUCUGCGUUUUCCGAGCGAUACCUGGGGAUGCCGAGCACAGAUGAGAACACCUAUCAGGCGUCCAGCGUGCUGCACAACAUUCAGGGCUUCAAAGAGAAAAAACUCUUAUUGAUCCACGGCACGGCGGAUGCAAAAGUCCAUUUUCAGCAUUCAGCCGAAUUAAUCAAACAGCUGAUCAAAGCGGGAGUGAACCACACGACGCAGAUCUAUCCGGAUGAAGGCCACAUGAUUUCAUCAGAGAAGAGCCGCUUCCACCUUUACAGCACACUACUGCGAUUCUUUGGUGAAUGUUCCCAGGUGGAUGUGCAGGCGGUACUGCAGGAAGUGGAAGAAGAUGAAUGAAGGGCAGAUGAGACAUUUUCUAUAUCCUCAGCGGCCCUCAGGGGCAGGAACUGUCUGACACCAGAGGCCCUCGGGGGUGGGGACUGUCUGACAUCAGCACACUGGAAAUCCCAACCUGCGGAUGCCCUCCGAAGGAUUUCCGAUUCCGGAUUGGCAGUUUUGGAUACGAUUAGUGUAGUGCAUGUUUUAUUUUGUUCCUCCUCCAAGACGUUGUACUAACCUUUCAUUUCAAGAGCAGAUCUCAUCCAAAGCUCUCAUCCGACAACUUUUCCUGAACAAGUGCAAUUUCCUGGAUGGUGGAUUUUCUCCUGGCAGAGGAUUGUGGGUGGAGCCACAUGGCACGCGAUGCCCGAUCUCCGGAAAAGCACUUUUUGGAAGUGAAUUUUUGCAAUGUCAAAACAUUUCUAUGUCUACAGAACAAAGAGCGUCCUUCCGGCUCGGGGGGAGAAUUCUAUUUUUCAAGCUGUACUGGAAGCUCCACUGAGAACUGAAUUAUCCGUUACGAUUGUGAUUGCGGAUUCUCAUUUUACAAGAGAAAUGUUUUAUUUGUCUUAAAAUACAAACGAUCUGACGCUCUAUUUCCAAUGUAAAUUUCUCACUUGUAUAUAUGAAUACAUCGAUAUUAAAUUAUGUUUUCUUAG